UACGCGACGGACGACGAGGUCGGGUUGUCCCACGAGGGCGGCUUCUCUCGGUCGACGCUGGCCCACGUGGGCGGCUUCUCUCGGUCGACGCCGGUGUCGCCCGAGUCAACGCCGGUGGUGCGGUCGCCGGGACGGUCCGAACGCUUUUGGUCGACGGCGGUGCCUCAACCGUUGCCGGUGCCGUUGCCGUUGCCCGAGAUGGCUUGUUUGAGGAUAGCGCCGGAUAGAAAUGGAUUGGCCGAGGUAUGGAGGAGGAACAGUGGUCAGGUCUCCCCAAAAUCGGCUAAACCUUCAACAGACUACAAAAGGGGUUUCAUGCGAGACUUGAGUUUGGACAAUCACAACUUGCGGAUCAAUAUCCCAGCCAGGAGCGCUCCAGCUAGUAGUCUGUCAAGUCCUUAUCUUAGCCCGCAUAAUCCGGCUACUGGGAACAAAUCGACGGUUCCAGAUAGUUGGUCUACUUUCAAAGCUCAAACUCCAACCUUGCCGAAGUCUUUGGGUCAUCUUUCUCCACUUCAAAGCCCGACUUCAAGAACUCCAAAAAGUCCAAGUGGUACUGCAUCAUGGUAUCAACACAAAUCUCUUUCCGAGACUUAUAAUGCCCAUCCAUUACCUCUUCCCCCUUCAACAUCAAAUAUUAGCCAUGCCACAGAAAGGCAAAACGUGGCAUCCGUGACUGGUCAGUGGCAGAAAGGGAAACUUAUUGGAUGGGGUACAUUUGGGAGAGUUUAUGCUGCAACCAACAGACAAACGGGAGCUUUAUGUGCAAUGAAAGAAGUUGACCUAAUAAUGGACGACCCUAAAUCUGCUGAAUCUGUGAAGCAGCUGGAGCAGGAAAUCAGAGUUCUUAGACAAUUCAAGCAUCAGAAUAUUGUGCAAUAUUAUGGUAGUGAAAUUGUUGAUGAUCACUUAUGCAUAUAUAUGGAGUAUGUCUAUCCGGGAUCAAUUAACAAAUAUGUCCGUGAACAUUGUGGAACUAUGACUGAAUCAGUCGUUCGCUGUUUCACUCGUCACAUUUUAUCUGGGCUUGCUUAUUUGCACAGCAACCGCACAAUUCACAGGGAUAUAAAAGGGGCAAAUUUACUCGUUGAUGUCACUGGUGUAGUCAAGCUUGCUGAUUUUGGGAUGGCAAAACAUCUGUCUGGACAAGUUUCCAUUCUCUCUCUGAAGGGUAGUCCUCAUUGGAUGGCUCCAGAGAUCCUGCUGGGAUCUAUGGCAAAGGAGAAGACAAGUCCUGAGACUGCUUUUGCUGUUGAUAUAUGGGGCGUUGGUUGUACCAUCAUUGAAAUGCUGAACGGAGUGCCUCCUUGGGGUGAACUGGAAGGGCCACAAGCGAUGUUCAAAGUUUUGUAUCGAAGCCCUCCCAUACCAGAGAAGCUGUCAUCAGAAGGAAGGGAUUUCCUAGAGCGUUGCUUACAAAGAAAUCCUGCGCAGAGACCCUCAGCUGAGGAGCUGCUACAGCACCCUUUCUUGAGAAACUCUCACGAUCAAAAUGGUUCAGGCUUUAGACCACUUUGCAAACUCAAACGAGUUGCACAAAGAUGACAAAUGACCCCUUGGUAUGCAGAUGGGGAGUUCUUUUUUGAGAUAAUCCCUGGAGCAUCAGAUAAUGCAGUUAAAUCUGCACCAUGACCUUUUCUACUUGCGUCCUACAUAAAGUCACCCUAUUCAUCUUGUGCCGUGGCUUCAUUCUCAUCCGUUCUUUGGGUGCCUAAUCUGGUUCAGUGAUUAAUUAAAAAAAAAAGCUACAAUGGCACUAGCAAGACAAAUCUUUCUUAUCCAGUUUGGUCUGUAAAGAAAAGAUUUGUGGAUGAGGCUACUCGCCCGACAAAGAAAGCACUGUCGACACGGGACUUCAAGUCCUUGGACUGGAGUAUAGCUCGAAAUUGAUUGGGAUGUGUUUCUUUUGCCUCAUUUGAAGGAGGGUAUCUCUGUUUGGAAUUCAAAGUGACAAAAGGAUCAAGAAUCUUGUCUUUCAUCCAUCAUGAAGGAGCAACUAAAGCGGAAAGAAUUACAGAUGAGCUUGGUGAUUCUGGGUGCUGAAGGCGCUACAAAAUGUGUUGAAAGAGAGAAAGAACAGGACAUUCGACAUAUGAAUAUAGAAAAAAUGUGCUAAUAAUUUCUUAGCAAGUGAAUUCGUUCAAGUCAAAUUAUGCCGUUUUUCUUCUUAUGAGCUUAAUAUUACUUGAAAUGAAUCUCCUUUUUCCAUUUA